UUCGGCCUUAUAAGAAAACGGGGAGAUGGAAAAACUUUAGUAGUGUUUUCUGGAAUCGUCCAGUUUCUGAAGCUAGUAGCUCCGUCGCGUUUCAAUGGCAUCUGCUCACUCCUUCGCCGCCGUAUCUGUUCUCGCUACGGCCUCCAAGCAAGGAACAACACUUACAUCGCCUUCAUCUUCUUCCUCUACUCUCCACUCUCUUUCUCUUGGAUUUAAAGUUAAACCCCGCGAACUCUCUGUCUUCCCUGACCAUCGCAGGGCUGCGCUCAAAGGGCCAGCAAAGGCGCAGUCGAAAGAGGCUGGAGCAAGUGUUGUGGGAGAUACAUUUAGUAAUCUCAAACAUCUUCUCCUGCCUGUGAUUGAUCGGAAUCCUUAUCUUUCUGAAGGCACUAGACAGGCUGCUGCUACAACAACUAGUUUGGCCAAAAAGUAUGGAGCUGAUAUAACAGUUGUAGUCAUCGACGAAGAAAAGAGAGAAUCAUCAUCGGAGCAUGAGACUCAAGUAUCCAACAUCCGGUGGCAUCUAUGCGAAGGUGGGUUCGAGGAGUUUAGGCUGUUGGAGAGGCUUGGGGAAGGGAAAAAGGCGACGGCCAUAAUAGGAGAGGUCGCAGAUGAGCUGAAUAUGGAGCUGGUGGUGAUGAGCAUGGAAUCCAUCCACUCUAAGUUCAUCGACGCCAAUUUACUUGCUGAGUUCGUCCCCUGCCCCGUCCUGCUCUUGCCCUUAUAAUUAUCAACCAACCAACCAACCAAAUAUCUGGUUUGGCUUUUCUUGUCUUGUGUUGUGUGCUCUCCAACGCUUCCUUUGAAUUUCUCGAGAGUGGAUCGAAACGUGUCGAGGUAUUGAGAUGCAUGUGUCAAACAUUUUCUGUCUUAAUCAUUACGUUGCGUUGCGUGUA